UGUAGGAGCCUACAUCACCAUGGUAAAAGAAAAAACACACACACACUGAAAGCAUCCGGAUUCCCUGCGCCCAGUGAUGUGCUCAUCCGAAGACCAUCGCCUUACUCCUGACGCACGGCUGAGUCAGCGGGGGCGCGCGCUUCAUAAUUCAGCAGACAUAAAACAGCGCACGCAUGGCUGUGUCCCGUCUUCAUGCUGGACGCGUUGUCUGCUGGACGAGAACUUCACAGAGUGGAUGUCUGCUAGAUUCAAAGCCAAGCGACGCCGUCACAGGUAGAGAAACACGAUGGGGCUAAAGCCUUUACUAAAGAAGCUGGGUUCAACCGUCCGCGCCGUCCUCACUUUCCUCUUUGCUCUGCUGGUUCUGGGCGUCAUGAUAUGGGCCUAUGUUGCCGGAUACCAGCUGGUGACCUCCGCGUAUGGAAUCAUCUCCUUUGGCUUCUAUGGAUUACUCCUCUCGCUCCAUGUGCUGGUCCAGAGCUUGUUUGCCUUCUUCGAGCACCAGCGAAUGAAAGCCCGCACACAGUCGUGCACCUUCACCAAAACUAUUGGCUUCACUAUUUCAGCCUACCAGGAGGACCCCGUCUACCUGAGAGAGUGCCUCAACUCCGUGAGGGCCCUCAAGUAUCCUCCUGAGCUGAUGCGCAUCAUCAUGGUCGUAGACGGAAACGCAGACAGCGACCGCUACAUGAUGGAGAUGUUCAAAGAGGUGUUUGCGGACCAGGAUCCCGGCUGUUAUGUUUGGAAGAACAACUAUCAUGCAUGGGACCCCACCCAGGUCCUGAAGGACGUGGAAGUGGCUGCAGCGGUCGGCUCAGAAGGGGAUGCGGCCUUUAUCGUAGGAGAGGAUCCACAGCGGAGAGAAGUGGAGCACCUCAUCCAGACCAAGAGGUGUGUGUGCAUCAUGCAGAAGUGGGGAGGCAAGCGGGAGGUGAUGUACACGGCCUUUAAAGCGCUUGGCUCCUCAGUGGACUACAUACAGGUGUGCGAUUCGGACACCAAGCUGGACCCCCUGGCCACCGUGGAGCUGUGCAAGGUGCUGGAGAGCAACCCCAGGUAUGGCGCCGUAGGAGGCGACGUGAUGAUCCUCAACCUGAAAGACUCGUACAUCAGCUUCAUGAGCAGCCUCCGGUACUGGAUGGCCUUCAACAUCGAGCGGGCCUGCCAGUCCUUCUUCAACUGCGUGUCCUGCAUAAGCGGGCCGUUGGGUCUGUACAGGAACGACCUGCUCCAGCAGUUCCUGGAGUCGUGGUACAACCAGUCGUUCCUGGGCACCCACUGCACAUUCGGUGACGACAGACAUCUCACCAACCGCAUGCUGAGCAUGGGCUACGGCACCAAAUACACGGCGCGCUCCAAAUGCUACACGGAGACGCCGGCACAGUUCCUGCGCUGGCUCAGCCAACAGACCCGCUGGACUAAGUCAUACUUCCGCGAGUGGCUCUACAACGCCAUGUGGUGGCACAAGCAUCACCUGUGGAUGACCUACGAGUCCAUAGUGUCAGGUAUCUUUCCCUUCUUCGUCACCGCCACCAUCAUCCAGCUGUUCUGGACGGGCACGCUGUGGGACAUCCUCUGGAUCCUGUGCUGCAUCCAGCUGAUCGGGCUGGUCAAGGCAGCCUACGCUUGUGUUCUGCGCAGGAGCAUGGUGAUGGUGUUCAUGUCGCUCUACUCCGCCCUGUACAUGACGAGCAUGCUGCCUGCUAAGUACUUUGCCAUCCUGACCAUGAACGUGAGCAGCUGGGGGACAUCGGGCAGGCGUAAAAUUGUGGGGAACUACAUGCCCCUCCUGCCCUUGUCUGUGUGGGCAGCCAUUUUGUUAAGUGGUCUAAUGUACACAAUUUACAGAGAAAGCCAAGAGGACUGGUCCACGGCAGAGAAGAAAAUGGAGGCCGAGUUUCUCAUAUUUGGCUGCGUGGUCUACGUUUUGUACUGGGUGCUCAUGAUGCUACUCUACAUGGUUUGGUUCCUGAGAAUAUGCAGGAAACGCUCUCAAAGUUACUCCCUGAGCGUUUAGGGCUGUUCAGUGGUGAACUCAUUUGGACUUGUUAAUUUAUUGGAAUUCAGCACUGUUUUAUUUUUCUGAUUUCAUUUAUUUAUUUAUUUUCUGGAGUUUCAACACCUGCUAAACAGAAGAAAUAUUGGUAACACAAUAGAUAUCGUCCAUAUUACCAAAGUAUUUUUAGCGGGUAACAAAUGUUUCAUUAAUAGGUGGACCAGUGUGUAAUUUGUAUGGACUUCUUGUUGCAUGUUUAAAUGAAACUACACUGAGGUCUUUUGGGCCAUUGCACUUUUCUUGUUGUUGCCAGACGAUGUUGGGAGGAAGUUCCUGCCUUCAUCAGACAUUUAUUUAUGGUCAUAGGUUUGUGUGUAUUUAUCAACUCUAUGCUUCACUGUGUCAGCUAAGUUUACUUCACUGUUGCUGUCGUUUUUGCACUGAAUUCUAGACUCUUCCUGCAGCGUGUCAGGUUUACUUGAAUAUAUGGACAACUCCAUUUGCAGUAUUGUGCAGUGAAAAGGCUUCCUGCUUCCUCUAUGAGAAGUCUGGAUAUUAUAUGAUCAUAAUGGUGGGACUGAUGAACAGACCUUUUAGAGUUACUUCUAAAACCGGAAAAGAGAACAGAUGUUUCAUUAUUAGUUGUUUACUGUAUUGACCUGUGAAGUGUGGGUGUACUUUAUGCAGAUUCAUUUUGAUCCAUUUGAAUUAUUACAUUGAAUUAUUUAAAAAAUGAUAUGAUAGUGAAUGGAACCCUUUUAUAUGUAUUAUCUAUGUUGUAAUUGCUGGAUAUUGCCGUGAACAAAACAAAGAAAAAAUAAAAUAAAAUAUUUUUCUAAUGUUCACAAU